AUGAAUUUAAAUAUAUCAUCAUCAUCAUCGUCAUCAUCAUGUUCCUCAUCAUCUGAUGAUGAACAGGUUUUUGAAAUGGUUGUUAAUCUUCCAAGACCACGCACAUUCCGUAAUCGUUUCAAUCCUCUUGAAAAUUACGACGAUUUGGACUUCAAAACAAGAUUUAGAUUGACAAAGAACACAUUUAUGGUGUUACUUAGUGCAGUCGGCAAUGACUUAGAACAUUAUACUAACAGAAACUAUGCAAUCGUACCUGAGGUUCAACUGUUAAUAGCAUUAAGGUAUUAUGCAACUGGAGCAUUUCAAGCGGUUUUAGGCGAUCAUAUACAAGUCCAUAAGUCUACUGUAUGCAGAAUUGUAAAACGUGUUUCAAAACGUUUAGCGUGUCUUCGCCCCUUAUUCAUUAAUAUGCCUAAGAACCAAAAUGAAAAACAAGAAGUACAGAUUGGAUUCUACCGAACAAAUAAUUUUCCUAGAGUUAUUGGUGCUAUUGACUGUACACAUAUCAGAAUACAGUCCCCAAAUAGUGAUAUAGGCGAACAAUUCCGAAAUCGAAAAGGCUACUUUUCAUUCAAUGUGCAAGCCGUGUGUAACAGCAAAAUGGAAAUAAUGAAUAUUGUGGCCAGAUGGCCAGGAUCUGUGCAUGAUAGCACUGUAUUUGACAACAGUUUACUGCGGGCCCAAUUUGAAAACAAUGAGUAUGAUGGAUGUUUUCUUCUUGGCGAUGGUGGUUAUCCAUGCAGGAGUUAUCUCAUGACUCCCUUACUGAAUCCCACAACUUAUUCCGAAAAAAAAUAUCAAAAAGCCCAAAUAGGUACAAGGAAUGUGAUUGAACGUGUUUUUGGAGUUUUAAAACGACGUUUUCCUGUCUUAUCUGUUGGCAUUCGUACUAAACCAAGCACAGCGUUGACAACAAUUGUUGCUACUGCAGUCUUGUAUAAUAUUUUACUGAAACAAAACGAUGAAAUGCCAUUAAAUGAACAGCAAUUAGACAAUAAUUUAUUAGAAGAACUACCAGCUUUGCCAGUAAGACAGAUCGGAAACGUUGUAAGAAAUGAUGUAAUAGAAACUUAUUUUUCUUAA